AUGGCGGACGAAGUACCGACCAUGGAUGAAAACGAGAGAAAAGUCGUCAACGAAUUCUGCCACCUGUUGGAAAAAUCGAAACAGCUCUUUAAUGGCCUUAGAGACUUACCCCAGUAUGGCCACAAACAAUGGCAGUCCUACUUCGGCCGGACGUUCGAUGUGUACACAAAACUGUGGAAGUUUCAGCAGCAACACAGACAAAUACUCGAUUCCAAGUACGGCCUGAAGAGAUGGCAGAUUGGAGAAAUAGCUUCCAAGAUAGGACAGCUUUACUACCAUUACUAUUUGCGAACCAGUGAGACGAACUACUUGAACGAGUCUUUCUCUUUCUACUCUGCGAUACGGAUGAGAGCUUACUACUCCAAGGCAACCAAAGAGGAGAGUACACUACAUGACAUAGGGAAGUCACUAGUUAUCUCCCAUGACAGGCCAGAUCUGAUGGUGAAGAAACUCCGCUACUAUGCAAGGUUUAUUGUUGUCUGCUUGUUGCUGAAGAAGAUGAAGCUUGUACGGGAUUUGGUCCGGGAAUUGGCCAAACAAAUAGAUGACUACACCAGUGCAUAUGAACCAGACGAUCAGCUGGAGUGGACGCUAGUUCUUGGAGAAAUUAAGGCUUUCAUUGAGGCUGACAACAUCAUCAAUGUGGUGGAUGUAGACUCAUCAACGAUCGUUCUGUCACAUCGACUCACACCACUCAAUACCCCACCCCUGGACAAAGGCGCCCCUACAUAUCUCACGCUACAGGAGAUCCUCAUAGUCGGCAACUGCCACGAACAGGUCAAGUUCAGUGAGCUGACACUAGACAUGUUCCGCAUGCUUCAAACCCUGGAACGAGAGCCCCAGGAGGAUCUCACCAACCAGAUCUACGAUGCUUCCCCCGCACCGGGCCGACAGCCAUUUAUGCCUAUGCCAAGACCACGAGCUGUAGGGGAGGAAAAUGGCGACCGGCGCCGUGAGAACCCUCACAAGUAUCUGCUGUACAAGCCAACGUACGGACAGCUGAACACCUUUCUUGCAUCCGCAUUUAAAGAACUGCCUCCUAAUGGCGCCAGUCUCCUGUACAUAUCUGCUGAUGGUUGCCAUGGAAACGCGAAGCACACAGAUGAUGCUGCAUAUGACCUUGGAGGUGUCAUCACCAACAGUAGACGAGAGGGUGACGCCCCAAUUAAAGGAAAAAGACCAGGCUUGCUGAAAGAGAUGCACUGCCUUCACCCCGGUGACCUUUACCCCUACACAAGAAAGCCUCUCUUCCUUAUCAUCGACAGUGAUAACAGCUCAGCCUUUCAGAAUUUCCCCAACUUGUUUGGACAACCGAUGGUGUGCCUCCUCUCCCCCGAACAAGUGCCCACUACCAUGCAGGACCAGCACCAGAAAGGGAACCUGUUCACUCUUUUCAUGCACUCGCCGCUGAUGGCGCUGUGCCAUGUGUGCAACAUCAUCGACAUCCCCAUCACGCUGUGGGAUAAGUGCCAGACACAGAUAGACAAGUUCAUGUCCGAGUCCAGCAAGCUGUUCGUCAGGGCCAGAAAACUGGAUCACUCUUACAUGCAGUUCUUUGGAGAUGACUUCCUCCGGUUGAUUCUGCUGAGAUUUGUCUUCUGUUAUAUUGUUCUCAUCCUGCAUAGAGGCUUCAAGGGCCCCAGCUACUAUCCGAUGUCUCAUCCCCCGCUGCCUACUGACGAGAUCCUCGAGCACCCAGCAUUGUAUAAAAUAGUCCUUGACCUUGCAAGCAUUCUCGAGGUUCGAGGCCUUUUCGCUGAACCUGGGGAAGUGGACAUUGUUGCAUGACAGGGUCCUAGGCUGUAUAUCUGAUCUCACUCCUCUACAAUACUCAGUGUGACGUGACUAUCUCAACCAUCGUUAGUCUGUUCCAUAUGUGUGACCAGACUCUCAACCAUCUUUAGUCUGUUCCAUAUGUGUGACCAGACUCUCAACCAUCGUUAGUCUGUUCCAUAUGUGUGACCAGACUCUCAACCAUCUUUAGUCUGUUCCAUAUGUGUGACCAGACUCUCUCAACCAUCCUCAGUCUGUUCCAGAUGUGGGACCAGAUUAUCUUAACCAUCUUUAGUCUGUUCCAGACGUGUGACCAGACUCUCUCAACCAUCAUUUGUCUGUUCCACAGUGUGACCAGACUCUCUCAACCAUCGUUUGUCUGUUCCACAGUGUGACCAGACUCUCUCAAACAUCUUCAGCCUGUUCCACAGUGUGACCUAUUGACGACUUCAUCAACCGUCUUUGGUCUGUUCCAGACGUGUGACCAGACUCUCUCAAACAUCUUUAGUCUGUUCCAAAGUGUGACCAGACUCUCUCAACCAUCUUCAGCCUGUUCCACAGUGUGACCUAUUGACGACUUCAUCAACCGUCUUUAGCCUGUUCCACAGUGUGACCAGACUUUCUCAACCAUCUUUAGCCUGUUUGACUGAUGGCAGCCUCAUCCAUCUUGGGUCUGUUUCAGCAGCUUGACUAGACUUAUAACUGGUCAACCAUCUUCAACCUGUUGAGACAGUGUGAGCUAAAUCAGUAACUACCAUCUCACAGCAUACGUCAAACAGUUCUGGCAGUCUGAUGUGACUCUCUUAUCUCACAACCACUGUGUCCAUAAUAACUUGAAGUAUGUUAGAUAUCGAAAAUGUGUUGUAUCUGUUCAUUAAUUUGGACUGGAUGGGUAGCUGACAAGGUAACAUUAUGCUGAUUUUUAUUACUUAAUUUACACAGCAUAUAUUGCUUAGUAAUCUCGUAAAAAAGUAGAUUUGCUUAGCUGAAAUAAUGAAAUUUGUUGCUUUGAGUGUUUCUUCAAAGAGUUACUUCCCUUCCAAUGAUUGAGAAGCAGAGUUACUUCCCUUAUGGUGAUAGACUGGGGAGAAAAAACAUUUUAGUAAUGCCUCAUAUCUGAAUAUUGAAUCAUAGGAUCUGUAAACCAAACAAUGAAAGAAACAUCGCUUAACCAAUAAGACAUUAUCAGCAAAAACCAUGAUGGGAUGAGUACAAAAUGAGAUGGGAACUGAGAUGGUUGAUGCAGGGAGCGUUGUACUCUCUCAGAGCAAGCCCAGUGGCCUUCUAAGUGUAACACUGCACAUUGUUCAUCACAUUGACUUGAACAUAUAAUUAGGCCAGAACAAUUUCUUUUCUUGUCGGGGCCUGGGUGGCCCAGUUGUCUAAGGCGCCACAAUUUGCUGCAGAGUUGCUUCCCAUGGGCACACCAGAAACCUAUUAUC